AUGGCCGUGCAUGCAUUGGAGAAGAGUGGUAAUAGUCAAUGGGGAGUGAGAGCAAGAGCCGAUAGAAUGAAACGACAUCACAGAGCGGUUGUAGUGGCGAUCGAAUUAAUCGUGAAUCUUCCAAAUCUAGUUCGGUUCAAUCACAUGGAGACGAAUGAACGAGAGACUUUGGCUCGAUUCGAAGAACAUUCAAAUUCGGGGAUACGACACCCGAACACUACGAUGAGUUUUAAAAAAGAGAACCAGUCGAUUCCUCUAUCUAAACAUGACGUUCAGAAAACAUUGCGAACCUUCUGUACAACAGAGAACGAUGAGCACAAUAUUCGAUUGGCGGUAUCAAAAGUUGUGACAAUCCAUGAUGGUGAAAAAGAGACUACCAUUGUUCUACCGAAAGAAAGCAUCACGACGCGUGAUCUGCUAAAGCUAAUUAACACAGACCGGUGUUUAACUGCGAAAGAAACGAAAAGAAUUCGAAAGGAAAAUGAAGUUAUUUCUUUUAUACAGAAAGAUAAGUUUCUUCUCGUUGAUAGAAAAGAUGUCUGUCAUGUUGCAAUCACAUCAUCGGCAUUUGUCGUCGAGAACUGUUUUAGUUCCAAUGCUACCAUCGUCGAUGUUUGCAAUAAACAACAGAUCAAUCUUGAUGCUCAAUAUUUGCUUUACUUGAAUCAGAUUAUUGCUGCGAAAGAAACUCAAUUAAUUUAUUUCAUGGCGGAAACACCGAUUCAUUUCACUACUACUGAAAAUAGUUUACCAGUGACCGUGAGAGUGAAUUUGGAUGAGCAUGGCAAAAUUAUUCAGUUUAGUUGCCAUCGCAUAAUGACUGUAGAACGCUUGUGUUUUAUUUCAUGCCGUCUAUUUAGUAUGUCAGAAGACAACGCUCAGUUACGAUUAAUCGACGGAACGAAUCCUGAUGAAGGCUUAUCGAUGAAUGACAUGGAUGCAACAAGGACAAACUUCGAAUUUCUAUUGCAUUCUCCUCCAUAUUUGUCAUGUUCAAUUACCUAUCUCGAUCGGACGAUUGUGCUGCCAUGUCAUUCUGAGCAAUUGAUUUCGUCGCUUGCCAAGAAAUUUUUCGAACAAUUGUCGAUUGAUUUUGAUCGAAUAGAUCAAUUCGAACUUUUUGCUUUAGAUAAAGACAAGACUCUACUUCGCUUUGAUAUGUUCGUAGGUGAUAUUAAAAAUGUGUUUCCUCCUCCAUCGUCUUCGAAUGUGGCAGUUGAACAGAAAGAAAAAAACUUUCGCUAA